AUGAAUGUAAUCAUAAAGAAACCAAAACAAUCAUGUUUACAAGAUGACGAUCAAUACUGUAUAUUAGAGUUUCAAGGUCAAUUUGAAAGUGAUACUCUAUUGCAAGGUGAAACAUUGGGUGAAUUAACUCAUGUUGAAAAGGAUAUAUACUCACUUCAAUUUGGUAAUCAAAUAUUAGAAGGUAAAGAAAUUAAAUUAAAAAAUCCUUUGGUUAUAUUAAAGAAACAAUUUCAAGAUGAAGAAGACCAAGAUAAUGAAAUGGUAGAUGAAAAUGAUAAUGGAAAUAAUAAUAAGAAUGAUCAUAAUAAUAUAGAAUAUAAUUUAAAUGCAACUAUUACAAGUAAAAUAUGUUUUAGUAAUCGUGCAACUACACUGAUUGCUCAGACAAGUGUAAAAUAUGGAUCACCUCAACAAAGACGAUCACCUUCUUCCUCUCCCACUUCAUCAACAACAUCAUCUCCACAAAAUAGUAAUAUUAAUGGUAGUAAUAGUACCAUAUCAACACCUCCUCUUACACCUCCUAAAUUUACAUAA